AUGUUAGUUUAUAAUAAAUUUGGUAAAAUAGUUGAUGCCUCAAAAGUAAAAGUUAGAGUGGUUAAUGGUAUGAAAACACCAUGUAUAGAUGUAUGUUCAAUGGAUACAUCAUCAGGUUUUUGCAAAGGAUGCGCCAGAAAUAAACAAGAAAUAGGGAACUGGAGCAGCAUGACAAACGAACAAAGAGAUGAAACGAUAAAAGAAUUACCAGAAAGAAAAAAAUAUAUUGUAUUACCAAAAAUAAUAAGCUAUGAAGAAUAA